CGAACGGGAGCGAGAGCGGGACCUGCGGCGGGAGGAGAUCCAGCAGCACCACCUGCAGCACCAGUUCAUGCAGUACCCGCAGCAGUACCAGCACUUCCAGCAGCACCAGGCCUUCGUGCAGCUCAACCACUCCAUGCAACAGAUGCAGCAACAGCAACAGCAGCAGCAGCAGCAGCAGCAGCAGCGGUCCCCGGUGGACGUCCUCCUGCGCGUGUUCCCGGGGCGGCGGCGCAGCGACGUGGAGGCGCUGCUGUCGCGGUGCCGCGGCGACGUGCUGCAGGCCAUGGACCUGAUGCUGUGCCUGGACCAGGAGGCCGUGGUGGCGGCCGCGGUGGAGGCCGAGCCCAAGUCGGCCUUCUCGCCGCUGGCGCCGCCGCAGCGCUACAGCCCUCGACGCUUCCUGGCCGCGCCGUACGCCGGCACGGGGUACUUGCCCACCGUCAUCCGGCCGCCCGGGCCAUUGCUUAAAUUAAACAUUAUUAUUUUAGAUCUAUAUUCAGAGGAUCAAAUGUGA